AUGACGACAUAUUCCUGAGACGCGCGCUGGAAUUGAACAGGACAUGACUUUGUCAAGUGUGUUUUCAGCUUAAUAUAGGCUAUAUUUAUAUUUUAUUAUACUUUGAUGCAUUGAGGACCUGUCUGAAACCAACAUGUCUCUGCUCAGAGCCCUCAGAUACAACUCUCAAACGUUGUGUAGAAAUGUAAUCUCGCGCUCUUCGUCCAGUCUGACUGAUGGAGAGGUGCGAAUCAAACGAGUAUUAAAGGAGAAGUUUCCUCAGGCUUCGGCGCUCAAGGUUGUGGAUAUAUCAGGAGGCUGUGGUGCCAUGUACGAAAUACACAUCGAGUCUGACGAGUUUAAAGGGAAGAGAACUGUACAACAGCACCAAUUAGUCAAUCAGGCUCUUAAAGAUGAGAUUAAAGCCAUGCACGGUCUACGCAUAUUCACUGAUGUUUCUAGAAAGUAGGAGCUUCUCAGCGCCAUUCUCACACUGUGUCAGUCUGCUGUCUCACUACAAUAUUGUAUCACACACAUCUGUCUGUCUCCUUAAUAAAUAAAGCAGAGUUGCUUGCAGAGUAACAGUGGCAGGAAAAUACUUUAUAGGUUUUAUGAAUAAAAGAUGUACAGUUAAAAAAAGAUAUACAAGGUAUGGUUCACGAAUGCUGUAAACGCACAAGAUAAAGGAAUGUAAUAAUAUUGUUUUUGCCUAUAAAUGAGUGUGCAAGAAAAAAGACGUGUGGGUUGUUUGAAUCAU